AUGAUCCAUACAUGCGCCGAUAACCCACAGAAUGGAGUCACCAAAGCAGAAGCCCGCGACCUCGUUCGGCAGAUAGCAUACGUCCUUCGCCAUCGAUUCGACAUUGGCCGUCAAGGCCCUGGAAAAGAUGUUGUGGUCUCAACAUCUUCACUCAGUCCUUUUGUGUCAAUCGUUUUCUACGGCAUCAUGGCGGCAGGGGGAGUCUACAGCGGAGCUAGCACAGCGUUCACUGUAGGCGAGCUUGUUCGGCAGAUCAAGACAUCUGAGGCAAAGCUAUUGAUCUGCUCUAGAGAGUACGAGGAGCGAACGAUCGCAGCUGCGAAGGAAUGUCAUCUCCCGUCGGACAGGAUGCUGGUCAUCGACAGCUCCGUUCCCAGGCAGUGGAAACUUCUCUCCUCCGGCUUCUCGCAGGCUGACGUGCUUCAAUCCUUUGGUGGAAGAAUGAUGGAUUGGCAACGAUUCACGAGCCCGCGGGACCUGGAGAGUAUCACAACCUGUCUUCUCUUCUCGUCUGGUACCACAGGGCUACCAAAGGGCGUCCGAUUGAGCCAUUGGAACCUCGUUGCGAGCGGCAUCUGCAGCAUGGAGCCUGGUACCAAGUACAAAGCCAGACGCGCACAGGAAGGCAAGCCAUUCACGUGGCGAACCAUUGCCCAUCUACCCAUGGCUCACAUCGACGGUAUCCAGCAAUACAGCAUCAAUCCCUUCUACAUGGGAGGUACAACCUACUGGAUGCCCAAGUACGAUUUUGACAAGUUCAUCGAGUGCAGCAGGAAGUACCAAACGACCUACCAAUUUUCAGUGCCGCCAAUUUGGCUUCAGGUUGCGAAGAGUGAUAAAGUCACAGGCCACUUCGACAACCUCGAGAUCGCGUGCAGCGGUGCAGCGCCUAUGGGCCUGGAGCUGGCGAAAGAAGUCAGCAAUAAGCUUGGACGGGGCAAAAUCUUUAUGACCCAAACCUGGGGAACGACAGAGACCGAUGGCUCGAUCACGGCGACUGACUGGGAGACAAGAGACGAGACAGGCGCCGUUGGAGGGAUAUUACCAAAUGUCAAGCUACGCAUCGUGGAUGACGACAACAAGGAUAUGCCUUCCGGUGAAGUAGGAGAAGUCCUAGUAUCGGGUCCCAUUGUCUGUCAGGGAUAUCACAACAACCCGUCGGCCAAUGCUGCUGCAUUUCUCGAGGAGUUUUAUCGGACCGGAGACGUGGGGUAUAUCAAGAAUGGUCUGGUCUAUCUCGUGGACCGAAAGAAAGAGCUCAUCAAGUACAAGGGUCUGCAGGUCGCUCCGGCGGAACUCGAAGAUCUACUCAUGUCGCAUUCGAAAAUUGCUGAUGCAGCAGUGAUUGGGGUGCAGUCGGAGAGACUUGGCACAGAGGUUCCGAAGGCUUUCGUAGUGGCUUCUCAGUCGAAGGAUGGCACUUCAGUAUCGGCGAAGGAAGUUCUGGAUUUCGUCAAGGCGAACCUUUCGAGUCACAAGCAAUUGCGUGGUGGAGUUGAGUUUGUGGACGAGAUUCCUAAGAGUGCUUCGGGGAAGAUACUGAGGAAGGAGCUGCGAACGAGGCCGUAUGUUGAGGAAGAAAAGGCGAAACUAUAG